AUGAAGCGAAGGUCAGAGCAAACUAAAUCAAAUCAAACUAAAAUGGGCAACAUUUCGGCAAAAACGCUGGGCAAAAAAAGCAAGAACAAGUUCCGCGUUUUGAUGGUCGGCCUGGACGAAUCUGGCAAAACGACGAUUCUUUACCGACUGAAGAUGUAUGAAACGUAUAAGACCGAGCCGACGAUCGGAUUCAACGUUGAAGAGUUCUCCAAUCAAAACGGUAAAAUCUCGAUGAACAUUUGGGAUCUGGGCGGAAAGAAGCAUCUCAGACGACUUUGGCGACAUUAUUAUCCUGGAACUCAGGGAGUGAUCUUUGUAUUCGACUCUUCCGACGAUGAACGUUACGAUGUUGCUCGAAAAGAGUUCAUAAAAAUUAUGAACGAUCGCGCGAUGAAAGACUGUAGCCAAGUACUCGUCUUUGCCAACAAACAGGACGCGAAAAACGCAGUGCAGCCAGAAGAUUUGCCAGAGUUUCUUGGGCUCGACACGAUGCAAAACGUAAAUUGGCUUGUUCAACCUUCCUGUGCAAUCACUGGCGAUGGCCUGGAACACGGACUCGAUUGGAUGACAAAAUCCUUUACCCAACUUCACCGCGAGAAAAAACGAGCUCAACUACGAAGCGGUCAGCCAAGAAUGCCAAGAAGAAGCACUCCCGUCAGAAAUGCUCGCCAUGCCGUCUACUGA